CAGCUCGGGUUUUGUGAAGUCGUUUUGAGUCCAGGAAUUUACAGGGUGAGGGUCAAAGCCUUUCUAGACUGUGCAUUCAUCUUUGGAAAAUAAGGAAUACGCUACAUUUAGUUGAAUGGCGUGAUCGGGCUCACUGUGAAUAGACAGCAAGACUAUGACACAGUUGUAAAAGAAAAACCUGCUGCUUCGAAGAGGAUGUCGGCACUUGCAAGGUGAAGCCAAACCAGUUUACAUAUCAGGCUGCGUUUCCAAAGGAAGAGGGGAUAGCUCAGAAGACAUGAAAAGUCUUCUCCCAUACCUCAGCCCUCCAGUACAAUGGGGAGCAGUGUAGUCUGCUCACGUCAUCUGGAUAUACUGUACAAGCUCUGGGAAUAGUGGAUGGAAAUUAUCCUUCAUUGCCUGCUAGUAACUAAAUUGACAUUAUGAAACAGCCAAAAUUCCGCAUGCUGAGCUCUCACUAACAGAGAACCUUAAAGAGACGUUUCCUUUCAAGACAUUACAUAAAAACAGACUUUCAAUGAAUGCAGGUUUGCCGUUCGAUAGUAAGUGUAUGGUACAGUAGCUUUCAAAAUGAAGAACAGCGCAGGAACCAUGCUGGACCUCAGUUUUUUAACCGAGGAGGAAUAUAACAAGCUCAUGAAAGUGCUUCAGAGAGAUGAAGAAUUGCAGAAGAAGGAUGGUGAUAGAAUCAGACGCUUGCAAGGAUCUAUAAAAGAUGAAAAGAAGAAAAAAUUUGUAACUGGUGAAUGGUUUUAUGAUGUGAAGUCUCAACGCUUUCAGGAAGACCUUCAUGGUUCAGAUCUUCUCCGAGCAUCAAUAAGGAAGAAAAAGGUCCAAACACAACACCUGAGCAAUGGAGGAGCCUGUGACAAUAAGCAAGCGAUACGAGGCAUACCAGCAUUUGCAGAAUGUCAGGUUAACCAAAGAACUGAAAGAGUUAAUGAUGAUAAAGAAUAUGAAGAAAUACUUUCUGAUGCAUCUAUACAAAAGGAUAUUCCUCCUUUCCUGCCUGAGACAUCUCCGCAAUGUGCAUUUGAGAAGAGAUCCAGUAUAAGUGAUGUAUCAUCAGUGGACACUGGAAUUGGUUUAACCCCAUCGCAGGAUUCUUUGACAUCAAAAUCGUCUGGUCAAGUGGGGCAAACAAUUCUGCCAGAUACACCAACAAAUUUAUCAGCCAGUGGUGACAACAGAGACCAGAAUUUCACACAAGAAAAUACUUCAGUAAAAAGCCCAAGUAAGAUUCCUGUAAAAAGAAAAUCAAGCAUAGGGCUUUCUUGGCCCGAAACAGGAUUGCAGCUGGAUCAGUCAGACAACAAUGCAAAGAAAUCAGAAGCACCUGGACGCUCGGGUCUAUCCUCGCCAGAAGCAGAAUUUGAUAAAGAUCUUAGAUCAGGUUCCAAUUUCACAGUGCAAUCUAUGAAAGACAAAUUGACUGAGCAAGAUGCCAUGCUAGAUAAAGACCAGUUCAUGUCACUGAAGAAAUUUUGGGAGAAGGGGGCAGACAAUUCAGCCAGUAUGAAAGGCACUUACAACCAGGAUGUAGUAGAGACAAAACAUCCACAAGAGCCAUCAACACGGCAGCAGCCAGUAUUGAAUUGUGCUAGUUCUAUUCAAUCCAACAAAAGUCAAAAUGGAGAGGUUUCUCCUGAACUUCCAUAUAGACUAAGGCAUGUCAGCCACAGAGCACCAGUCUUAUCUUCCAGUGAAGAUGAACAAUUCUAUGUUGCUCCACCAAGAAAAGGUUCAUCCUCAAUGAUACCAAGAUCUACAUAUGGAAAGAGUAAAGGUUCAUCCAUUUCUAAAAGUGUUUCUGUGUCUGAAAACAAUGGUACCACAUCACAUAGUGAGGAAAGCAGUGGCACUAGUAGAGCUUCAAGAAAGUCAAAGUUACCCAUCAGAGCUCCUUCAGUGCAUCAGGAGAAGAAAGUUGAUUCUCCCUCCUCUCCUCAAGAUGAAAAGUUUGAAACUGUCCCUGAGUCGGAAAUGUUAGGUUUUGUGGAAGAACACAUUAUACCAGAAUCUAAACCACAAGUUAGCGAGUCCCUGUUCAGUAGAGUCCAAAUAUUAAUUGAUACAGUUACUUCUGAUGAAGAACAAUGCAAGAAAAUCAUUGAACACACUGACCGAAAAGGGGGAGAUAUGACAGAAAAUACAGCUACUGAAACUGAGAAUGACUUGGGAGCCAGUGAAAAUUCAGAAACCAUUAACACCUCACAGAUCACUAGCCUUAGCAAUGCAAGAAGCAUGGUGAAUAUCUAUACCACCACUGAGACAUAUAACAAACCUCAAGCUGUAACACAUCAGCUUUUAGAGCCCGAGCGAGCGAAGGAGCUCAGUAGAUCUACCCCAGCUUUACUAUCUGAGACUGAAUCAGACACCGCUUCUGAAAUUAGCUUCCAGCUGAGGAGGCAUAGGAAGACCCAGAGCAGCGGAAGUAACUCAUCAGAUAUGGCGUCAGUUUCCUCAGUCAGUAACAGUGUGCUCAGUGUGUACAGUGGGGAUUUUGGCAGCGUGGAUGCCCAGGGAACAGUCCAGUUUUCUUUGGAUUACGACGAAAAGAAUCGCGAGUUUCAGAUUUUCGUGGCACAGUGUAAGGACCUGGCCGUAGUGGACGAGAAGAAAGGGCGAUCAGAUCCCUACGUAAAGACAUAUCUGCUUCCAGACAAGGCCAGAAUGGGCAAGAGAAAAACAUCUGUAAAAAGGAGGACAACAAACCCUGUUUACAAUGAAGUCCUGCGGUACAAAAUAGACAAAAUGGUGUUGCUGAUCCAGAAACUGAAUCUUUCUGUGUGGCACAAUGACCCCCUGGGUAGAAACAGCUUCCUUGGAGAGAUGGAAAUUGACCUUACCAGCUGGGACUGGAGCAACGUAAAACCCAACUGGUACACGCUAAAGCCACGGAGUCUGUCUGCUAUGAAUGGUGUGGAUCAUCGAGGUGUUAUGAACCUAUCUAUUAAAUAUAUUCCACCAGGCAGUCUAGGCCCAAAACAUCCUUCAUCAGGUGAGGUCCACAUAUGGGUGAAAGACACCAAGGAUUUACCACAGCUACGGCCAUCUGGGGUGGACUCUUUUGUCAAAUGCUAUGUGCUACCCGACACUAGUAAAAAGAGCUACCAGAAGACACGUGUCAUUAAAAGGGAUUCAAACCCUGUUUUCAACCACACUAUAGUAUAUGAUGGCUUCCACACAGAGGAUCUCAAGGAUGCAUGUGUUGAGUUGACUGUUUGGGAUCAUGAAAAACUCAGCAAUCAUUUCCUUGGAGGGAUCAGACUUGGACUUGGGACAGGUUGUAGUUAUGGCAUUUCAGUGGACUGGAUGGAUUCUACGCAGGAAGAGGUGGCCUUUUGGCAGGAAAUGAUAUCAACACCAAAUGAGUGGAUUGAAGGUUCACUUCCUUUGAGAUCGCUGGCUGGAAGACGGAAGUUUAAAUAAGUAAUUUAUGGGGAGAACAUUAAUUGCUACUUUUCAGUGAAGCAUUUUGUAAUUUAUAAAUAAUUGUUAUUUUUAAAGACUUUUCCAAACCUGUAAAAGAUGACAACUUUGAAGAUUUGCCCUGCCUGGUCAGUGUUUUAUUCUUUGCAGUUGGACCUCCCAUUUUAAUAUAAUGAAUUUAUAUUAUUAUUAAUCAUUUUUAACUAUAGAGUGCCUUUUGGAUUCAAAGCACUUCUACUUCGCAGACAUCUAUGAAGCUCUUCCUUGGUGGAACUUUGGUUUACAUUAAAUUCUUGAACUCAGAUUAGCAAAGAAGAAGGAUGGCAAAAGGAUACAUAUUAUUAAUAUUAAUUGGUGGGUACAAAAUUAAAGGGUCAAUAUCUGAAACAUUGACAAAUCUAUCCUUAUUUUCUCCACAACACUAACAUCAAUAAUAGAUAAGGGAUUUUGAUAAAGAACUAGAGUUCUGCUUUAUUUCAGCUAGCGUGUCACAUAGUUUGUUGAUUCCUUUUGCAUUAUGCCUUGUUUCCAUCAGAUCUAUAAAGCAUCAAUUGUCCAGUCCUCAAAUAUUCUGAACUUUCCAGGUUUUAAGGAUUUUCCUGCUAGAUCAAAUGUUUAAUGUUACUCAAAAUAAUCCAGAAAUGAACAUUCUAAAUAUAUGCCUUGUCAGGGCUACUUGAGGACUGUUUAAGAAACACUACAGAAUAAUGUAAAUGGACAUAUCUGUUAUGUUAGAUCGUUCAAUCAUCAUUAUUCAUACUUCAUGUUUUAAUUUUUUUUAUUUUUUUAUUCUUUAAUGAGUUUAUUUACCCGACAUCUCAUCCACUCACAAGUGUACAUGGCCAAUAGAAAUUAUUUGUGGAAACUCUCAGUGACUGGCCAAAUAGUUUGCUGUUAGAAAUGACAAAGUGUGGAAUAUUGUUAAAUAAACGCAUAAACAAAUUAGAGGGUACUUAGUUAAAUUAAUUUUCCUUUGAAGUGGGAAUCAAUCAAAGCAGAAUGUUCUUACAAAAGGGAUUCAACUAAGUAUCAUCUAACUUGUUUUAACAUUUAUUUCACUACAUAUCCCACUUUGUCCCUUCUAAUGGUUUUGUAUUGCGAUUUUAUUUUUUUGUUACAUUUAUUAUUCAAAUAUUUUGCCAUGCUGGAAGAAGAGACAGGGUUUGGAAUUUACUGGAUACCUUAAAAAAUAAAUAUUUGUGGAUUUAACACAAAUUAUUUUGUUUAUAGUCUAUUGCUCAUGAUACAUUUUAAACAACAUCAUCACUGCCAAGUGUCAUUGUUAAUGGACCAAUUCAUUUGCAGGUUUAUUUUCUUAAAAUACCAGCUAACUAAUCUGACACUAUCUUAUUUAUGUGCUUAUAUUUUUUCACAUGGAAAUAUAUAAUAAAAUACUAUUGUGUAUAAUGUUUAAUUGAGACAUUAUGCUUUUAAUAACUUAUUGAAUAUAAUAUAAAGAGGUUAUUUCUUAUGUGAGUUUUCAAGAUUUGGGUCCAUUUAGACUUUGUGUACCUUGUUCAUAAAACCACAGGGUGCAAUACCUGUGGAACAGGGGGUUAAUAAAUGUAUUGAAAGAGCAAGCAAGAAUAUGGAGGUGCCAGUUGUGUACUUUUUUAAUAAACAGACAAAGAUGCUUUUGUAUAUAGACAUAUGUACAAUAAUCAAAUAUGUUUUGAGUCUCAAAUAAAAAUGAAGGUCCCAGGACUUUUAUGGAUUUGUCAUCUCUUUUCUGGCCUUCUGCAAUCCAUCCUGACUAGGGUUGCCACCUCGGCCAGGUUUUCCUCGACACUUAUGAGUUACACAUGCUGCAGGGUGUGCAGAGGGCAAUAUGCAUUGUGCUCCUGGACAGCACAUGAAUAGUGACCCUGGGCUGCACUAUUCAUGUUCCUCCCUGUACACCCUGCAGCAUGUGUAACUCAUACGUGUCUAGGAAAACAUUGCCGAGGUGGUAACCCUAAUUCUGACAGAUGGCCCUUUCCUGAGAACAGAAAAUAUUUAAUUUAGUAUAUAAAAAAAAAAAGCUUAUAGCAUAUUUUACCUACAGUAAUAUAGUUAAAAGGAUAACAUCAUCACUAAUGCAACAAGGCCAGCAUGAUAUAUAGCCAAACUACCAAAACCUUUUUUGUGGCACAAUGCUAACAUAAAUCCACACCUUACAAGUCUUGAAUGUUACCAUAGUUAUUCUGUGCUUUACACUCGUUCACAAAAAUGUUUAUUUUUUCCUGAUAAAUUAAGCUUAAAGGGACAGUCUAUUCCAGAAUUGUUAUUGUUUAAAAAUAUAUAUAUAUUCCCUUUAUUACCCAUUCCUGAGUUGUGCAUAACCAACACAGUUAUAUUAAUAAACUUUUUACCUCUGUUAUUACCUUGUAUCUAAGCCUCUGCAGACUGCCCCCUUAUUUCAGUUCUUUUGAAAGACUUGCAUUUUAGUUAAUGUUGACUCAUAAAUAACUCAAUGGGAGUGAGCACAAUGUUAUCUAUAUGGCACCCAUGAAAUACCUCUGCCUAGCUGUGAAAAACUGUCAAAAUGCACCUAGAUAAGAGGCGGCCUUCAAGGGCUUAGAAAUUAGCAUAUAAGCCCACUUAGGUUUAACCUUCAACAAAGAAUACCAAGAGAACAGCGCAAAUUUGAUGAUAAAAGUACAUUGGAAAGUUGUUUUAAAUUGUAUGCCCUUUAUACUGUUUCUUUAAGCUUGGGGAAAUUUAAACUUUUUGUAUGACUCAGGUUAUUUAAAUUAAAGUUAGAUUCCACUGGUAAGAAGAACUUAAAGGGACAGUCAAGUACAAAAUAAACUUUCAUGAUUCAGAUAGGGCAUGUCAUUUUAAACAACUUUCCAAUUUACUUUUAUCAACAAUUUUGCUUUGUUCUCUUGGUAUUUUUAGUUGAAAGCUAAACCUAGGAGGUUCAUAUGCUAAUUUCUUUAGUUAGUUCACGUGUUUCAUAUAGAUAACAUUGAGCUCAUGCACGUGAAUUUACAGCACUGAUUGGCUAAAUUGCAAGUUUGUCAAAAGAACUGAAAUAAGGGGGCAGUCUGCAGAGGCUUAGAUAUAAGGUAAUUACAGAGGUAAAACGUGUAUUAUUAUAACUGUGUUGGUUAUGCAAAACUGAGGAAUAGGUAAUUAAGGGAUUAUCUAUCUUUUAAAACAACAAAAAUUCUGGUGUUGACUGUCCCUUUAAACAUUAAAUUUUAUGUUGGAAAAAUCAGUAACUGAUAAGUUGGAGUUUAUUAUUAAUUUAAGGCCUGCAAAAUGGACAUUAAAGUGCAAAAAGAAAACGUAAUUUGUUAUAAGAUUUAUGAUUGCACUGUUACUUGCAUUUAACAGUGUGUUUUACAAAAGGGGUUAAACACAUAUUUAAAGUCAGCUCCAGUGCAGCAAUGUACUACUGGGACAUUGCUGAACACGUAUGGUGAGUCAAUGACAAGAGGCAUAUGUGUGUAGCCGAUAACCACCAGCUAGCUUCGAGUAGGGCAUUGUUGCUACUGACCCUACCUAAGUAUGCUUUUCAACAUAGGAUAUCAAGAGGUACAUUUGAUAAUAAAAGUCUAUUUAAUUCCUUCAUGCUGUUAGGACGUUCCAUGCCGUCCUAACGCUGCUGGGCUUUAAAGGGACAUGAAACCCCAAAAUUUUCUUUUAUGAUUCAGAUAGAGAAUACAAUUUUAAACAACUUUCUAAUUUACUUCUAUUAUCUAAUUUGUUUUAUUCUCUUGGUAUCAUUUGUUGAAGGAGCAGCAAUGCACUACUGGUUUCUAACUGAACACAUGGGUGAGCCAAUGAAAAUCUGUAUUUAUAUGCAGCAACCAAUCAACAGCUAGAACCUAGGUUCUUUGCUGCUCAUGAACUUUCCUAGCUAAACCUUUCAGCAAAAGAUAACAAGGGAAGGAAGCAAAUUAAAUAAUAGAAGUAAAUUAGAAAGUUGUUUAAAAUUAUAUUCUCUAUCUGAAUCAUGAAAGAAAAAAUGUGGGUUUCAUGUCCCUUUAACGCAGAAGGACAGCAUGGAACGUCCUACCUUAUAAGGCGUCCUGCAGCCUCCCCCAUUGACCAAAUCAGGAUUGAUUUGGGGGCUUGCCUAACAAUGUAGGCAUUCAUCCAUGUUCCGAUCCUGGCCUUGAAAUCAUGUGAUCACAUCAACAAUCGCGGUUUUUCAUUUUUCCUGCAAGUGUUUACAUUGGAACUUACUUCCAAUAUUAACACUUUAGUUCUGGCUCAAAGGGGUUAAAUUGCAUUCUCCAUCUGAACCACAAAACUUUAAUUUUGACUUUCAUAUCCCUUUAAUAGUGUAAAGGACUAAGAACAUACCGUCUGUGUAUACUGAUACCACAUUAGCCUGAAAAACUCUUCCAAGUUGUAUAAGUUGUAUAUGUCCUAUUGUAGACAUGUUGGUGUGUGCUUGUUUGCAUAAUACAGAUAGGCAACUGGAUUAGAAGAUCAGUAUGGUGAAGAGGUAGCUUGAUUCAUGUAUGUGCUCCACUUCCCAAUACUAGGAUGUGGAUUCACCAAUGGGAGAUUCCUGAUACAAAACCCAGAAUAGUUUAGCAAUCUUUAACCCCUUAAGGACCGUCAUUUGUCUUUUUAUGGUGAUUGUGUUAUUAACAGCACUAGUAGAAACAAGAAAACCCUUAAUGACUGGCGACAUACAUGGUACUUCACGGUCAUUAAGGAAUUAAAAAGACUCCAAAGCACUUCUGUUAAAUUGUAUUAUUUUUUGUUGCAAAAAAAAAUGUUCAUUACAACCAUGUCAUAAAAUGUAAUACAUUUGCCAGUUAAUUUAAUUACUUUAUGCCAAAGAAUGCUAAAGACCCUUUUAUGGUCCUAAGCUCCUAUUAUCCUACCUAGCCUAGAGUAGAAAAGAACAUUUGAAAAUAGAAGAAAACUGGAAAGUUUUUUAAAAUUGGACACUCUGGGGCCGAUAUAACAAGGGCCGAAUGGCCCUGAAUGUAACUGUUAAACAGGAGUUGAGACCACUGCUCUUUAAUUUGUACACCUCCUCUGAAGCGGCGGACAUCAAUCCACCCAACCGCAUACGAUCGGGUUGAUUGACACCCCCUGCUAGUGGCCGAUUGGUCGUGAAUCUGCAGGGAGCGGCAUUGCACAAGCAGUUCACUAGAACUGCUUGUGCAAUGAUAAAUGCCAACAGCUUAUGCUGUCGGCAUUUAUCGAUGUGCGGUGGACAUGGUCCACUACAGCGGAUCAUGUCCGCUCGCACUUUGUUAAAUCGGCCCCUGUAUCUUAAUCAGGAACAUUUAAAUUUCACUUAACUAUCGAUGUACACAUAAAAGGGAAGUUAUUAAUUCACCUAAAAGCUUUUUUAAAGCCCAAAUUGGGAAACUUCAGGAAACUAGAAGAGUUUUAAAGGACCACUAAACACAGUAGAAGUGAAUACACAAUAAAAUGACAAUGCAUUUACACUUUGAAAUAAGCAGUAGAAUAUUUUCUGGCAAAUUUCAAAAUGAAUCCAAUGUUCCCUUUCCCUGUAUCAUGUGACAGCCAUCUGCCAAUCACACAAUGCAUAUACUUAUAUACUAUGUACUUUUGCACAGGCUCAGUAAGAGCUGGAGACCCAGAAAGUGUGUAUAUAAAAAGCAUGUUUUGAUAAUGGAAAUAUAUUGGAAUGUUUUGUUAUUUAAUCACAUGCUUUAUCUGAAUCAUUACUUUUUACUUUGGUGUCCCUUUAAUGCUAAAAAGGAUAAAUGACUUGUAGUUAUAUUGUGAUACAAGGUUUAUAUUGCUGCUAAAGUUAAUGCGUUUAUACCCUAAUUGAUGACUUGAAAAUGAAAAUGCUUAAAUAUGUAAUUUGCAAUGUUAAUGGCAUUUAUUAGUUUUUUUGCCAGUCACUGAUGUGAGAUGGUUUACAAAAAGAAAACUGUAAUAUUUUGUAUAUAAUUGUUUUGACUGUAUAAAUGUCCCCCAUAAACAAACCAAUAAAACACAUUUAUGUUCCAAAUAAA